CAUUUAGCUGCGGUGGCAUGGGAAGCCGGAAAACCCUUGGCGAUAGAGGAAAUCGAAGUGGCACCACCGCAGAAAAUGGAAGUUCGAAUGAAGAUUCAUUUCACCUCUCUUUGCCAUUCUGAUGUGUACUUCUGGGAGGCCAGGGGGCAACAGCCUCUGUUUCCUCGCAUAUUAGGCCAUGAAGCUGGAGGAGUCGUGGAGAGUGUUGGCGAGGGGGUUACUAGUCUGAAACCUGGAGACAAAGUGCUCCCUCUAUUCACAGGGGAAUGUGGCAAGUGUCGUCACUGCAGAUCAACUGAGAGCAAUUUAUGCGAUCUGCUAAGGAUCAAUUUGGACCGUGGUGUGAUGCUAAGCGAUGGCAAGACGAGAUUUUCGAAAGAUGGAAGGCCAAUCUACCAUUUUGUUGGAACGUCCACAUUCAGCCAGUACACGGUUGUUCAUGCUGGCUGUGUGGCAAAGAUCAAUCAGGAAGCUCCCCUCGAUAAAGUCUGUGUUCUGAGCUGUGGUAUAUCCACAGGAAUGGGUGCAGCCCUGAAUGUGGCGAAACCAACAAAGGGUUCCACGGUUGCCAUUUUCGGAUUAGGAACUGUCGGCCUCGCCGCUGCUGAAGGUGCCCGCAUUGCUGGCGCAUCAAGGAUUAUAGGCAUCGAUAUAAAUCCAAACAGAUUCAAGAAUGCAAGCAAAUUUGGCGUUACUGAGUUUGUGAACCCCCAAGAUCAUGAUAAGCCGAUUCAAGAGGUACUAAAGGAGAUGACUGAUGGAGGAGUAGACCGAUCCAUCGAGUGUACCGGGGUUGAUAUCAGUGUGACAGUUUCUGCUUUCGAAUGUGUUCAUGAUGGCUGGGGGGUUGCUGUUCUUGUUAGUCUGCCAAACAAGGACGAUUUAUUCAAGACCAACCCCGUGAACUUUUUGCAAGGAAGGACUCUGACGGGAACUUUCUUCGGCAAUUACAAGCCCCUCUCUGACAUUCCGUCUGUUGUGGAGAAGUACAUGAACAAGGAGCUGGAAGUGGAGAAGUUCAUAACGCACAAGGUGAGCUUGUUUGACAUCAAUAAAGCAUUUGACUACAUGCUGAAAGGGGAAAGUCUGCGUUGCAUAAUUGAUAUGGAUGCCUAGGAAGCUCAAAUCCUAUACAAUCAGUGAUCUAUGGCCUAUGUAUGUGUGUGUUGAGAAUAAACGAUUUGCCGGGUGUUGCAAAUCGCAUAUGUAUAUAGAAUAAAUGGAAUAUUUGGUAAACAAGUUGCUUGCCGAUCGUUUGGCGAUGGCAUUUAAAUUAGCGGAUAUGUGUUUAGAAUAAAUGCAGUAUGGUGUUUAAAUAACGAAUUAAUAAAUGAGUUACGACUUG